AUGCAAAAGCAUAAGGUGUGCACGAUCGUUCCAAGGCUUGCCGUUGAGCGGCAGUGGCUCCAGCCAAUUUCCAAACGCUUGCUGGGGACAAUUCAGCAGGGACAGGUUCAAGUUCGACACCUUACAAAAGAGGGAAAUUUAGCAGCACAACGGGGAUUGAAAUAUUCAAAAAAGUUAGCCGAUCAAGUGUUAUGUCGUGGGAACAAUCGCAAAGCUACGAUCUUCGGCUCCCCACAUCACUUUUCUGGACCGAACCUACCCCUGAAUCUAUACAAACUCCUUGGCGCUGCACUUAGCAGACGGCGCCACAUCAAUAUAUUCGAUCAAACGUUCAGCAAGUCGAAUAAGAAAACACAUAAGUGCCCGAGCUGGUUGACAGUCGGGACAUUCAUGAUUGGCCCAUCGGUCGAUCGAUCUGAAGGCCGGGCCAAUCACACGGAGGCCUGCCAUAUAUGGGAAGUGUCAAGUCACCGCGAAGAGUUUGUCAAACCGAGGUCAUCCGAAUCACCGAACGAAGCACGAGAAUUUCAGGACCAAACAGCAACAGCUUCAGGGCUCCUCAGGGCCGCCCCGCAUGUCGGAGUAAUGGUGACUCCGCCACCAAGUAUUCAGAAAAGAAUCCGACCCCCUGUGGUUUUGUCCAAGGGAAAGCCACCGGGAGAUUAUGGUGAGUUGAACAUCUGGGCGGUCACAAAUGGCGCAUUAUCAAGGAGUAUGCCAAAUGAGGCUGCUGUGAACCUAGGCACGAACUUUACACCGAUACUCACACCCCUCAGCGAGAGGAACCGACAGAUGCGGCAGUCGCAGCGUUGGCCGAGGGCGUUGAACCAAGCUUUAGUUGUGGCUGCUGCCAAGAAGGGGGGAGGGAGGGGUAAUAACAAAGUGGCAAAGGAGAGCCCGAGAAACGUGCUUAUAACAGCCAUCCCAGUCUGCCCAGAGGCGCUGCUCCGCGGUCCCCCCAUUUUCGGAAAUGAGGGCGGAUUGAAAUGCGGCAGUAUAUGCCCCAUGGCUGUCGUCGUCGAGGUCCAUACAGCUGUGAUGCGGUUCCCUCUCGACUGA